GUUUUCUAAUUUUGAAGUUUUCAAAAGAGAUACUUUUAUUUAUGUUUACUGUUAUGGACGUUAUUACUAGAUAGUACAGGAAAUAAUUUAGUCAUCAUGACUACUCCAGGAAGUGCUAUGGACUCUCUAAGUGCGGCAUUGAAAUGUAAUAUAAUCCCAAAUCAGGAAUAUUUACUUCAGGGUUCAGUUCUCGAUCAAUAUGUAGAAGUAUUGCUCCACCGCCUCAGAGGACUGUGUGACAACGUGGACAGCGGUCCUGAAUCCUUCCACGAUCACGAGUUAUGCUUUACACUAAGAGCUACGAAUCCUUCAGGAGCACCUAUGGUGUUACCGCUGAGAGUAAGGCGAGCUCUGGAUGUUAACGAUGCCCCAUUUCAACUGCGAUAUGUGGGUCAACAAGAAUUAGGAGAUAAAAAUAGGCCUACCGUAGUUCGUUCUAGUAUCGAUAUGGCUUGCAGUUCUACAAUAGUUGAAUUUUUAACGGAACUUGGCUGUAGAUUGGAUUUUGAGUACAUCGCCAGGGGUUACAUGUUUAGAAAAGGAAGGAUGAAGAUAACCGUGUCCAAAAUAUUUAAAAUGGGUGGAAACAAGCCAGGUGAAGGGGUGGAACCUAUUUCACAGAGUUAUUUGGUGGAACUCUCUGUUCUGGCUCCGUCUGGACAAGACGCGAUUGGCGAAGAUAUGCGAGUGUUUGCCGAACAGUUACGGCCACUUGUGCAGUUAGAGAAAAUUGAUUAUAAGCGUCUGGGGAACAUGAUGUGAAUAGGCAUAUUUGUAAUAUUUUUAUAUUUGUGUGUAUAGUAUUAAUUUUAUAAAUAAACAAAUUCUCUUUGCUUCUUCCAACAA